UCAAAUUAGGCGAAGAAAAGAUGGCGGAGGCUGUGCCAGGGGACCCGGAAGCACUUACCCUCCACUUCCUCCUCCUGUUUGGCUUCUGUCUCACCUAGACCCGUCCGGUCGCAGACUGUCUCCGAGACGCUUCCUGUCCGAAUCAGCAUGAUUCUUCAGAGGCUCUUCAGGUUCUCCUCUGUCAUUCGGUCAGCCGUCUCAGUCCAUUUGCGGAGGAACAUUGGUGUUACAGCAGUGGCAUUUAAUAAGGAACUUGAUCCUAUACAGAAACUCUUUGUGGACAAGAUUAGAGAAUACAAAUCUAAGCGACAGACAUCUGGAGGACCUGUUGAUGCUGGUUCAGAGUAUCAGCAAGAGCUGGAGAGGGAGCUUUUUAAGCUCAAGCAAAUGUUUGGUAAUGCAGACAUGAAUACAUUUCCCACCUUCAAAUUUGAAGAUCCCAAAUUUGAAGUCAUCGAAAAACCCCAGGCCUGAAGAAAUAAAGUAAAAUUAAUCUGGUAAUUUGUCACGGGUUAGUUGUACAACUAGUUAGAAGUUUCAGAAUAAACAUGCAUUUCAUAACUGUCAAAUGUUCUUUUAAUUCUGAGUCCAAAUAAAUUAUUUGGUGAUGUUGA